AUGCGUGGCUCCAGCAGCACUGACUCCAAACCAGGACGUCUGCGCCACUCUAUGUCCUUCACCCACCUGUGUCGGCCACGCCGGCCUAAAGCCCGGCCCCCUGUCCGGGUGGUUAUUUAUAAGCCCCGCCCGCGACCCGAUUCUUCAUUCGUAACGGUGGGCAUCGCAACUUCAGGAAGAACAAUGUCUGUUAUGUUGAGGACUCUGAGCCGGUCGGGUCGUUAUGCCAUACGAAGUGAAGCCGAGCUGCAGUCGCGAGUGAACAUCAGCAGCAAACGAGCCAAAGAAGAGAUCGGAGCGGCCAAGUCCAUCUUCACCAUUAUGGUCUUCACAGUAACGCUGUUGGGCCCAGCUGGCUGGAUUUUGUAUCACCUGCCGGACUACAAGACACGGUCUCCACCGGACUGAAGCCCCUCACAGUCACCUCAGUGGAAAAGAAAAGCAGAAAAAGAAAAGUGCAGCUGUAAAAUUGCAGGAAUAAAGUGAAGUCCACAAAU